AGUCAUCACUAUAAUUUUUUUCAAGAUGGCUGCCUGCAGCAUUUUCGAUGAGGAUGAAGUAUGCAUUCCUACUUCAUCUGGUGGAUUCAAGUACGGGUUGAUUGUGGAAAGUUCUGAAUACAUAAGCAGUGAUGAAGACGACAGUGAUGAUGAAAAUCGAGUCCAAAAGGGCCAAGUUAAAGUUGCAUGGCAUCCCAGAGGAGAUGAGACUGUCGUGCCUGAAAAUAAGGUAAUCCUUACAGACAGAUCAUUGAUGCCAGGGGAUGUUGUCCGUCGACUUAUCAGUGGAGAAGAGAGUCAGAGAGGCUUUGUCCAGAGUUGCAACAUUAAGUGCCAUGCCAAAGUUCUUGGUACAGAGCAUUAUAUUUACAACAUUGCAGCUAGAGAUGUAAAACGAAUACAGGAAUUUGAUACAGAACGAGAAGUGACCCUAGAUUCCUGGGUUGGUCAUGUCAUGGAAGUAACUGAAGAGAUAACUGUCCGAUUCCCAUGUGGGGCAAGAUGCAAGCUUAGCAAUGCAGGUGUGCUAAACCUUGAAGAUGUUCAAGACAAAAGACCAAAUCAUUCUGAAUUUUACAUAAGUAAUUUUUACCCAGGCCAGGUACUGGCUGGUAUAUAUGAGGACUAUGAAGAUGCUACCUGGAUACAAACAUCAAAUGUCAGAGGUCCAAAAUGUAAAGGGAAAUCACUCUUCACUGCAAGUGUAGUUGUAGAAGAGGUUAAAACCCAGAGUGUGGAAGUAAACUGGGUAUGUAAAGGGUUCACACAAACAGGUGCAGGGACAGACAAACUUAAAAGUCCACCCAAUGUUAUAGAAGGUGAAGAUCUGAAAAGGUUACGAAGAUUAGAUUGUUUCGAAUACUGCCAUAUGCUAAUUGGUGAUAAAGGAUAUUACACAAUCAAAGAGACUGAUACACUUCUUCAUAAAAUAUCUCCAAGGAAACAUGUCACACCUGAUAUUAUACAACUUAAAGCAAAAGAUAAUGUACUUGUAAUAGGUACAAGUGCUGAUGGGAUACAUAUUAAACAACUAGGCCAAGAGAAAAUUACAAGUGUUAAAGAACAAAACAAAAAGAAUAAUAUAGAUGAUAAUAACAAAGAAAAUUGUGAAACAAAUGAAGGAGAUACUAACAUUAAUGGUCAUGAUGAUGUAGAAGAAAAAGAACCAGUAGGGGAUGAUGAAUUUGAAGAUAUGGAGGACAGUGGUAGUGAUUCUAGUUCUGAAAAUGGUUCCGUCAAAUCAGGGCCAGGAAGUAGUCCUGUACCGCAGAGGAGGCAUCGAAUGAACCAGCAUGGUAAAGGUAGGACAUUGAGGAAGGUGAAAGGCAAAAAGACAAAGAAGAAAGCACACCAUAUUGAGAGAAAAGUUAAACCAGGUGAAAAAGUUCCUAUAGAGAUAUGGUACACUUUCUCUACCUGUAAUGUCAUGUGGCAGGAUGGCAGUGUAGAAGAAAAUGUUCCAUCACCAGAACUAUAUCCUAUUCAUCACUUAGAUGAGUUGGAGUUCUUCCCUGGAGAUUUUGUACAGGACAGUAAAGGUAAUGCAAGCACAGAUUAUGGUGUUGUUGUAUGUAGUGACCACAAGGAGAGAACUGCUAUGGUGAAAUGGGUCAAACCUUAUGUCUCUGGGAAAUCCACUGGAAACAAACCAGAAGAAACAGAGCCAGUUGAGUUGAGUGUAUUUGAUAUCAAGGAUCAUCCAGAUUACAAGUUUCGAUGUCGCCACACUGUCAUCAGGGUCGGAGGAUAUGAACCGGACAGUGACUAUGAAGCUGUAGGCCAAGUGUAUAGAAUAGAUCCUGAGGGAACAAUACAAGUAUGGUGGCCUAACAGGGUCAUAACAAAAUGCUAUCCAUCUGACCUCUAUAUUAUUGGAGAAGAGUUUCAGAGUGAAUCAGGAAGUGAAUCAGAAUGGACAGAUGAAGGUGAAGAAGAGGAAGAAGAAGAAGAAGAAGAUGGAAGUGAUGUUAGCUGGGAAACAGAAAAUGAGGAAACAGCCACUGAUACAGACACUGAAUCAAAGAAAACCAAAUCCAAGCAGUUGUGGACUGUUAGUGAUAGCAAGAAGAAAGAGUUGGAUGAUCUACUUGACAGAGCUCAAGCAGCUGUAUCUGGGCUACUUAAUAUUUUUGUCAAUGUUGCUGGACCCUUCUUCAAAAACUCUCGUCAAGUUUUCCAUGACAUUCUUGCAAUAUUUAAACGCUGUAAAGAAGUUGAAAAGAUCUUAAAGUCCUCGUUUUUUGAGGAUGAAGAAAUAUCAGGGUUGAUUGCUGAUAUUAAAUUUGAACUAAGGAAAGAAAAAACUGCAAAGCUUGCUAGGCAUAUUGCUCAAGUGUAUAAAUAUAGGAAUAUGACAACAGAGAAUGCAAAUGAAACCGUAAAAGACUCGGACAAAACUGAAAAUGAUGAAGUACAUUCUGAGAUUAAGAAAGAAAUGGAAGACUCUUGCACAGAACAAGGAGCAGUUGGUGGGAAAAUUGAGUCCAGUGAAGAGAGUGAGGUAUGUAAAAGAUUAAAGAAAGCUCUUAUAGAGUAUGGUUCCAACAUAGUUGAUCCAAUUAUGCAGAUUAUAUUUGAUACCUCACUACAUGCCACUAUAAAUGAAAAUACUCAGAAAAAGAAAAGUGCUGAAUUGGAACCUGUGAUCAAAAAGUCAGCUGCUUCAAAUGAUGGAGCUGUUGCCCAAGAAGAUAGUGCUAAUGUUGAAGAACUUGUAAAUAGUUUAUCAGCAGGUGAUAUUAUACAAACUGUGAUUGAUUCAGUCUGUGAUAAGAGUGAUCAAGAAUUGCAUGCUGCAUUUGAGGCUGUUAAACAGAAAGUGCAGAUUGCUUGUGAAGGAAAAGACCAGGUAGUAAAGGAACAGGCAGAGCAGACUGGCCUGGGUGAGACAAAAGAUGAACAGUCUGCAGGAAAAGAAGAUUCUAAGUCGGCAGAACAGACUGGUUCUCUUGAAAUAGAUGACAAAUUUGAGGACCAAAUCUUACCUCCUAGUCAUAGAACAUUGUGUAUACAUGUCUGUAAAGCUCUUAAUGUUCGUCUUCUUCAUGUAAAACAAGAAGUUAAUAGAAAAUGGUUAGCUUUUAAAUUUGGAUGUGAUGACGAUGUCAGUGAUAUUGAACUUUUUGAGAAAAUGCAGGCUAAAAUGAUAGAAUCUGUGGAGAGUGGUAGAGGUCCACUACGUUUAGUUGCUGAUGAAAGUUCCGAACCAAAUCAGUUUGAAUAUUUAUUGGAAACAGAGAGUGUAAAAGAGGGUGAGAAUAUUGAAGAGAAACCACCUGCAUCGGAAAAUGAUAUUACUGACAAAACUGAAGAUAAAAUAGAAGAACCAGAUGAAACUAUUGAAACUGAAGUCAAAGAGGAAAGAGGAUUUGAAGUUUGUAGUGAAACACCAUUUAGUCACCAUUUUAGAUAUCAGGAUCAGAAGCCUUCCAACCAGAAAUCUUUCAAUGUAGCAGUGAGAAAAGAGUGGAUGUUAUUACGCACUAGUCUUCCAGAUGGAAUAUUUGUGAGAGUCUUUGAAGACAGGAUGGACCUAUUAUCAGUGAUGAUUAAAGGACCUGUAAAUACACCAUACGAGGAUGGAUUGUUUUUCUUUGAUGUCCAGUUACCUGCCAAUUUCCCAAAUUCACCACCAGUGUUCCAUUAUAUCUCCUUCUGUAAUGAACGUCUCAAUCCAAACCUGUACGAGGACGGUAAAGUCUGUGUCAGCCUGCUUGGUACCUGGACUGGAAAGGGUAAUGAACUCUGGACAAAUAAAUCAAGUGUGCUUCAAGUGCUUGUUUCAAUUCAAGGAUUGAUAUUAGUGCCUGAGCCAUAUUUUAAUGAGGCAGGGUAUGAAAAACAACGUGGCUCUCAACAUGGUCAGGAGAACAGCCGCAUGUACAAUGAAAUGGCUGUCUUAAAACUUGUACAGUCAAUGACAAAAAUGGCCGUCACACCACCGGAAAUUUUCAAGACAGAAACAAAAGAACAUCUACGCACACAUGCUUAUAGAUUGAUAGAAAGAGUGGAGAAUUUGGUAGAUUUUUCUAACAAGAGUAGACAGGUGACAUCUUCUGAACUUGAAAAUGGCUGUAUAUGUAAUGGAGACAAGGCAGAUUUUCCAGAAUCUCAGGAAUCUGAUUCAAUCAAACCAGGGGAAGUCACUCAGCCAAAACCCAACAAUACAGGGGAAGUAACUACACAGGAACCAAACAAUUCAGUAGAGAAAUCAACAGAAAAUGAGCGGGAAAUGACAAAGACAUCAGUAAACAAGUGUGAUACAGGACAUAUUUUAUUACCAGCAUCUAAAGGUUUCUGUAUUGCUGUCAAGAAAUACAUAGAAUGUUUUAAAGAGGUCCUCUCAGAGCAUGUAUUUAAUUCUGCAGCAUAAUGACUUCUGUAUGUAAAGAAGAUUGUUUAUAGUGCACAAACAAUGUUUAAAAGUUAUAAAGAUAAAUCAGGGAUAUGAUUGCUAUAUAUGGGUAGAAAAUGUAGUCAUCUAGAAGCAUUAAGAUAAUAGAGCUGAAUUAAUAAUUGUUAUCAUCUUGUGAUGACAUUAUAUUCUUGCAUAAGACAUCAAUGCCAAUUUAGAAUAAUCUUAAAUCUACUUUCUUCCUGCGUAAACACAAUUUUUCUUGUGAAUUAAAAUCCUUUUGUGGUCUUGUGAGAGAAAGAAAUGAAGAAACUUGCAUGAAAGACAGAGAUUCUGAAAUAGUCUAUGAAUUAAAAUAUGUGUUUUUUUUAUCAUUUGUUAAUACAAAUCAUUAGAGUGAAAAACAUUAGCAGAAGACAAUAUUAGAACUCUUUCAUAAUAAAAAUAUUGAAUUAUCAUUCCAGCUUUAAUUCAUAGCUAAUAUCUCACUUUAUAUUGCUUGUUCAUUAAAAAAAAAUACCCAAUAAAAAAUCCUGUGUAAUAUUCAUAAGGCUAUCCGGAAAUAAUAUUCGUUUUUCAGUUAGUUUGUUGGCAGUUUAGUUUCUACCCUGCUAUAAUGGUCUUAUACCCCUUGAACUGUCCGUUGUUAAUGUGUGGGAUUCUGAUAGAAAAAAUACUUUUAUGAAGCAAGUAACUAAAAAGACCACACAGAUAUGCAAGCUUGCACAGAUAUGCAGGCUUGUACAAAAAUUCAAGCAGGCACAGAUGUGAAGGCUGGUACCGAUAUGCAAACUGGUACCGAUAUGCAAACUGGUUCCGACUUGCAAACUGGUACCGUCAUGCAGGCUGGUACGGAUCUGCAGGCUGUUACAGAUGUGCAAACUGGUACCGAUAUGCAGGCUGGUACCGAUAUGCUGGCUGGUACUGGUACCAAUAUGCUGGCUGGUACUGAUAUGCAGGCUGUUACAAAUAUGCAGACUGGUACCGAUAUGUGAAGUGGUACUGAUAUGCAAGCAGGCAAAGAUGUGGAGACUGAAUCAGCUCUACAGUGUUGGCAUAGGCAUGUCACUGCUAGCAUAUCCAUAGGUAAAAAAUAACCCCCGAAAAACAUUAUUCUUAUUUAUUUAUCACUUUUUUGACAAAAGAAUUAAUUCUAACAGCUGUGAGUUCUUUAAAGAUGACCAAUACAAUGAAAAUAAAACAUAUAUUUUUUGGGUUUUUUAAUUACUUUCAGUUUGUGUGAUAUUCUUUUCUAAAAUUAAAAUGCGUGAUUAUUUAAUUUUUGUCAUUGCUCAUUGUUGACAGGUGUUUCUAGUGUGCUAUUAUUGUCAACAUUCCUCAAGGCAUUAUUGCUGUGUUUACAUGAUUGUCACUAUUUAAUGUUAUAUCGUCAUAUUAGAUGGAAUACUUCUGUGAUGAUACUUUACAGGUACCCCUUAAAGGGACUGUCCACUGAUAACUUCAUUUUUUUUUUUAAAAAGUGCAUGUACCUUCUUUCAAAGGAAGGUCUUACUUGCUCAGAAUAUAUUUGAUUUUGGUCACUUUCGUCUUAAUGAGUUGUUUCCCUUUACUUAAUGAUUCAUUUUUAUUUUUUU